GUCACCGUUUUUCUGACGGCAAGACUAAAGACUAUGACCUCUUCUUAGUCUCCUCUCCCCCACUCCACUCAGAUACAAAUUCAUUGGUUCCAAUUCACCCUCUUCCUCCAUUUAUUUCUUUAUCUCCUGCGAUUCGGGUUUUCGAUCUUUCUACGAGGUAUUCUGGGAUGGCGAACACCGGCACCGAUGAUCAUCACGAGGAUUCUAUCUCUCUAUUGAGCAAGCAGGUUGAAGAAGAUGGGAGCAAAGGGAGUUGCAACGACAAAGGCAAUCAGCCCAAGAAGGGGAAAGUCGAUGCAGCACCGCAUUUGCCUGAUCUUUCAGGGGGAGUUGGGCAUGGUUGGACAACCGAAGGGCAGCCAUUGGGUCACGGGAACGUGGUGGGCCACCCGAUGGCUCGGGGACGGUGGGGCUCCUCCCUUUUCGAUUGUCUUGGCUGUGAUUCCGAGUUUUGCUGCAGCGAUCUAGAAGUUUGUAUCCUUGGAUACGCGGCCCCAUGUGUGCUGUAUGGAAGCAAUGUUGAAAGACUUGCAUCUGGUCCUCAGACCUCUGCAAAUCAAAGACUUAUAUCUGGUCCUCAGACCUUUGCAAAUCACUGCUUGUUAUACGGUGGUCUGUGCCUGCUUGGUGAGUAUUUCUGUCACUGCAAUUGGCUCGCACCAUGCUUUUCAUAUCAAAACCGUACUGCCCUGCGGCAGAAGUUUAACUUAGAGGGCAGCUGUGAGGCACUUAAUAGUUUGUGUGGCUGCUGUGGGAGCUGUUUGGAAGAUGAGGAGCAACGUGAACAGUGGGAAUCAAUUUGUGACUUAGCAACCCAUGUCUUCUGCCAUCAAUGUGCUCUUUGCCAGGAAGGACGUGAGAUUCGCCGAAGGAUUCCUCAUCCUGGGUUUAAUGCUCAGCCUCUUCUGGGCAUGAUUCCUCCUGGGGAGCAAACCAUGGGCCGCCGACCCUGAUUGCAUCUGCUACAAGCCUGCCUGCUGAUGAAACAGCUUUACUCUGUGUGUUGUUAUUAAUGCUAUAUAAUGCUCUAGAAUGAUAUGUUGAAACUUUAUUCCUAUCCCAAAGAAAGAAGUUAAACUUUACCAUAUCAUCUAUACUUACCGUCAGAGAAGUGAAUGCUUGGUGUUGUCAAUCAAGCGAAAAUAUGGUGUAUGAUUAAAAAAAUGUUUAUGUUACCUACAUUCUGUUCAUAAAUGAAUAUUACUAUUAUACCCUUUUCAUUUCUCAGACAAUACAUACUAUAUAAUCAUGCUCUAUGCUUUCAUUCAUCUGUAGGGUAUCUGAUUUCUAUUGCUGUAAAUGCUAGGUUUUCCCAACCAGGUCUAGUUUUUGGAAGCCUUUUUUUUUUUUUUUUAGUGAUUUUCUUGAUUAUAUUUUGACAUUUGGUGCUGUGUGAGAGAAUCUCAAUUGCUUCAUGGCAAUAUAUAAGGCUACACUGAAAGAUGAAACAACAAAAAAAUUCUUUAUUUGUGUUGAUCAUCUUCUCCCUGCUGCAACAUCUUUCAUGUGCUGUUGUAUUUACUUGAAAUCAUAAUUUAGUGGAAGCAGUUUUGUUGUUUUCUAGCUUUGGCUUGAUUGUGUUUAAUUACGUAUACCAAUUCAUAUGUUAAGAUUGUCAAAAUUGUAUUUGAUUUUAUUAAUGUUUGUAGUUUUCUUUAAAUAAAUGAUUAUAAUAUUU